AUGGGUUCAUUACGUUUCAAAUUAGUAGAUAUGACCUAUGAGGAAUUAAUGUGCGAAAUUAAUGAUGCUGACACUAAGGCGAUACCUUCAUAUUCUGGAUCAAUCGUGGACGAUGAAGUACAAAAUAUCGACACUGACUUCACCAAUAUUUUGCAGUCUGACAGCGAAUCAGAUUCGGAGUCUGACCUUCCUCUCUUAGUUUUACAAAUGAAGAUGGCACAAAAUAAAGACGCUCGUGAUUGGUCAAAAGAUAGGGUACCAAAAGAACGAAGACACUUCAUUGCUGACGCAGGAAUAACUGAUAUAUUGAAAAAUUUGGAUUCUCCUAAUCCGGGAAACUAUUUAGCAGAUUUUCGCCAACGACGCUAUAUCAGAAGACAUAGUUUUUCAAACUAAUUUAUAUUGUCGUCAAACGUCUAAUAGGCCUAGAAACAUAGAUAUAUCGGACCUGAAAGCUUUUUUGGGUAUACAUUUAUUGAUGUGGAUAAAAAGAAGUCACAGCUGUAGAGAUUAUCGGAGUAGCUGCC